AUUUAUAAUCCGUUAUUCGUGAUUUUGGUAGUUUGUGCCGGCGGUGGAAGCAUUUGCUUCACCUAAGAUAGCAACACAUUUUAUCCAGACACAUCAAUUUCACUCUUUUUUACUUACUUUCAACAAAAAUUCCACUUGUAAUCAUACCCAAAUCAUGCUCAAUUUCAAGUUUUCCUUCCUAAUUUUGCUUCUUCUACUACCCCUAUCAUCAUCAUCAUCGUCAUCAUCAUCAUCAUCUCUUGAAGCAAUAGAGGGUGUAAUCAACCGUCUGGAUGCGCACAAACCAUCUCCACUGCUACAAGAAUCAGCGAUUAAAGCUCUUCUUAAGAGAUUGCUUCCUACCCAUUUGUCAAGCUUCGACUUCAAGAUAAUCCCCAAGGAUGCUUGUGGUGGAUACAGCUGCUUUUGGAUAACAAAUUACAAGAAUUCAAGCAGCAAUUCACCUGAGAUUCUCAUCAAAGGUACUACAGCAGUUGAAAUUGCGUCGGGUCUCCAUUGGUACAUAAAGUAUUCAUGUGGUGCUCAUGUGUCGUGGGACAAGACAGGUGGCGUUCAGAUAGCCACCAUCCCUCCUCCGGGGAACUUGCCACCUGUCGUAAAAGACGGAAUUAUGAUUCAACGUCCGGUUCCAUGGAACUAUUAUCAGAAUGUUGUCACAUCUAGUUAUUCUUAUGUUUGGUGGGAUUGGGAAAGAUGGGAGAAGGAGAUUGAUUGGAUGGCACUUCAAGGAAUUAACCUCCCUCUUGCAUUUACCGGGCAAGAAAGCAUUUGGCAGAAAGUUUUUAUGGAUUUUAAUAUUAGUGCUCAAGAUUUAAACAAUUUUUUUGGUGGACCUGCUUUUCUUGCAUGGGCUCGGAUGGGAAACUUACACGCAUGGGGUGGACCGUUAUCUCAGAACUGGCUGGAUCAACAGUUAAUCUUGCAAAAACAAAUAUUAUCCAGGAUGAUCGAGCUUGGCAUGACUCCCGUGCUCCCGUCAUUUUCUGGAAAUGUUCCCGCUGCGCUUAGAGACAUAUUCCCGUCUGCAAAUAUCACUAGACUUGGAGAUUGGAAUACUGUUAACGGUAAUCCUCGGUGGUGCUGUACUUACCUUCUUGAUCCUUCUGAUCCAUUAUUUAUACAAAUUGGGGAAGCGUUUAUCAAAAAACAAAUUAAAGAGUAUGGAGAUGUGACGGAUAUUUAUAACUGUGAUACAUUCAAUGAGAAUGAACCUCCAACAAGUGAUCCAACGUAUAUAUCAACUCUCGGUUCUGCUGUUUAUGAAGCAAUGUCCAAAGUGAAUAAGGAUGCAGUCUGGCUUAUGCAGGGCUGGCUGUUCUACUCAGACUCGUCAUUCUGGAAACCGCCACAAAUGAAAGCUCUCUUGCAUUCGGUUCCAUUUGGGAAAAUGAUAGUUCUUGAUCUAUUUGCUGAUGUAAAACCCGUAUGGGAAUCAUCAUCUCAAUUCUAUGGCACCCCUUAUGUGUGGUGUAUGUUACACAAUUUUGGAGGGAACAUUGAGAUGUAUGGCGUAUUGGAUACACUUGCAUCAGGCCCUAUUCUCGCACGUGUCAGUGAAAAUUCAACCAUGGUUGGUGUUGGGAUGUGCAUGGAAGGAAUAGAGCAUAAUCCAGUUGUCUAUGAAUUAAUGCCUGAAAUGGCAUUUCGAAAAGAUAAAGUUCCUGUUAAGGAAUGGUUGAGAAUUUAUUCACGUAGACGGUAUGGCAAAGCAGUGAAACAAGCUGAGUCAGCAUGGGAAAUUCUUCAUCGAUCAAUUUAUAAUUGUAGUGACGGAAUCGCGGACCACAACACGGAUUACAUAGUUAAAUUUCCAGAUUGGGACCCGUAUCAAAACAUCUACUCUAGCUUCCCAAAACCAAAUAUCAACACAAUGUAUAGUAACCGAAGAUUUAUGUUGACCGAGUCGGACUCGACGUUACCUCAACCACAUAUGUGGUACUCAGCUAAUGAUGCCAUCGAUGCAUUAAGACUCUUCAUCGAUGCAGGUGAGGAUCUUGCCGGAAGCCUCACUUACAGGUAUGAUUUGGUUGAUCUAACACGGCAAGUGUUAUCAAAGUUGGCUAAUCAAGUCUAUUUAGAUGUGUUAUCUGCUUUCCAACACAAAGACGUGAAAGCUGUCGAAUCUCAUAGCCAAAAAUUUGAGCAAAUAAUUACCGACAUUGAUGAACUUCUUGCAUCAGAUGAUAAUUUCCUCCUUGGAACUUGGCUCGAGAGUGCAAAAUCGUUAGCUUUAACCCCUUCUGAAAAACGACAGUACGAGUGGAACGCGAGAACACAAGUAACAAUGUGGUACGAUACAACAAAAACAAACCAGAGCCAGCUUCAUGAUUAUGCAAAUAAGUUUUGGAGCGGGUUAUUAGUGGAUUACUAUCUACCACGAGCUUCAAUGUAUUUUAACCGUUUGUCAGAAAGCUUGAGAAACAACAAGACGUUUGAGAUUGUGGAAUGGAGGAAGGAAUGGAUAUCAUACUCGAAUAAAUGGCAACAAGAUACAAAAGUUUACCCUGUGAAAGCCGAAGGAGAUGCCUUAGCCAUUUCGAAGUCGCUUUUUAAGAAAUAUUUCGACAAGAAGUGAUCUCGGCUAUAUCCGUCUGAACUUUUCAACUAGUCUCUGCCUCUCUGGUGAGUCCCUGUGUUCACUGUGACUUGAAUCGUACAAUAAAAGACCAUGCAAUUUGUUGGAAAUCUUAUGAUUUAUGUAUCAUAUUAACAUGAUUAUUUUUAAGUUAUAAAUAUAAAAUUUCUGUACUGACAA